AAAGUCUCUGAUUUAGAACCAGACACAAAGUACACCAUCUCUGUCUCAACAGUGGUGAAUGAUAGGUGCAGCGAGCCAGUUUCUAUCUGCACACACACAGAGCCAAGUCUAAGGCAGGUGUUGUCAAAGAUUGGACUGGAAGACCAGUAUGACACCAAACUCACACUUAGCACUGUCCUGGAGAUUAAUCAGUAUGAUCGAUCACAGAGGAAACCAAAAUCUGCAAGGGCAGUUCCUGAGGCCUUUUUAAAGCAACUCAUGUUGCUGAAUGCAAAUGCUAGAAGUGCCACAUGUGUGUCUCAAGAUGAGGACAAGUGCAAUGCUAUCAAUCUUUUGGACUUGGUAACUGCACUGUUCCUUUGUUCAGACAGUGCUCUUCAGCAGGACUUGGCCCUGAAAAUGUCACUCUGUCAGUUUGCUGUCCCGCUCUUGCUUCCAAACUCUGAAACAAGAGAAAUCACAAUGAUGCUGUGGUCUAUGCGCGACAUUGUCCGAACUUUCAGACCCUCUCAGCAGGCGUUCCUAAAGUCAUACUGUGAUGAAAGACUUGUGCUGUCUGAUAUUCCUUUGGUAUCGUUUGUCAGGCUGGGAAAAACAUCUUUGUCCAAAUCUCAGAUGUUGAACAAGUUGCUGUGCAACAAUCAGCAGAUUCAUCACACAUUUUGUCACCGUAUCAUGGCAUGUUGUGAUGUCCCCAGAAGAAUUUCAGAUGGACUGGUGGAAAUCAGCUGGUACCUCCCGUGUGGGAACAGGAAGAUAGAUAAAUUCACAGAACCAUUGGCUUUUACCAAUCUGAGAGGAGAUAUCAAGGCUUCUGAAAGACAAUUUGCAUUCCUCUGUCAGGCAUCUGCAGCUGUUUACAUCUACUGUGAUGAAUCAGAAACGAAUUACUUCAAGCAUCUGGAAGGAAAACAUCUGGAAGCAAAUAUCUUUUUGAUAAGCAGCACACAGGGAAAAAGCUAUAGACUCAAACAACUGACUGUGAACCCAAGAUUAAAGAUGACUGAUAUUAGUCAGAUUAAAAAGACUGAUACCGAACUACUAAAGGUACUCCAGGAAUCAGUCUCUAAAAUGCUAGUAAGCCCCGAAACCAAAAAAGUGUCAUUGGCAGAUUUGGCUUACACAGCUCACUGUUGUCAGAUUCUCAUUGAUGAGGAUAGGGAUGAAUGCCAGAGUGCUUGGGAGAAUGCGAGUAAAAUCACUGCAAAGGUAACUAACAUCUCUGAAUUCAAAGACAAGCAACUGCCUUAUCAGGGAAACAUCUGGAAAGCAAUUUCAUGGGUGGAAACUGAGUGCUGGAGGCUUCGUAAAGUUGGAAACAAUAACCCUGACAAUUACUGCGAGUCCAUAAAAGAAAAAGAGAAAGAGCUGAGGAACAAGCAGCGAAGUUUUGAGAUGACAACUGCAGUGGAACGCUUCCACCAUGGGAUGACAACCUCAGAGGUUCAACGCUACCAUUUUCUCAAAUGGCUGGAAAUGGAACUGGAUAACCUGUCCAGGCAUCAACUGUCAGCUCUCCAGGAUCGAUACAAAGAGCUUAGGCAGAAAUCUCUCGAGGAAACAAAAGAAAUUGUGGAAACUGACAACCAAAUUUCAGCUUGCUCUUUAAGAGUAGUCCACUUUGUCAGAGAGUGUGGGCAGCUGUAUAAUAAUGUGAGUUGCCUGCCAGAAUACAGUCAUCAGAGAAAAAACAUCGAACAGCUUCCUGGACAGUGUGCUCAGAUGAUGCUUGAUGGUUUCCCUCUUGAGCUUGUUGAUGGAGAUGCAGCAAACAUCCCAAUAAAAUGGAUCAGCCAGGUACUUACUGAAUUGCACAACAUCAUGAAUUCCAGUAGCAAGCUUAAGGUCAUCACAGUCAUUGGAGCUGAAAAUUCAGGUAAAUCAACUUUGCUCAACACCAUGUUUGGGGUCAGGUUUGCCGUCAACGUGGGUACAUGCACCAGAGGGGCAUUCAUACAGCUGAUCAGUGUCAGUAAAGAUAUCAGGAAAGAGCUGGGCUGUGACUGCAUCAUGCUCAUUGAUACAGAGGGCCUGAAACCACAUCGGAUGGUUCGUGAUGAUCACAGCCACGAACGUGACAAAGAAGUUGCGAGCCUUGCAGUGGCACUCAGUGAUGUUGUAGUUGUCAGUAUUUCCAACGACAGCUCCAGAGAGAAAGACCUCUGGGAAAUGGUGUGUCAUGCUUUUGCAAGGCUGAAGGGUGUUAGCAAGAAGAAGCCAGUGUGUCAUUUUGUACAUACAAACAUGUAUGACAUGCCUGCUUUGGAGCAGCUGAAGAGAAGUAAAGAGCUGAUGGAACAGCUCAAUGAAAUGAUCGGAAAAGAUGUUAAAAUGAAGAAGGCCAACAUCAAUAAGCUCUCAGAUGUGAUCAAGUUUGAUCUAAACAAUUGGAGCUGGUACAUUCCUCCAGUGUGGGAUGGGACUCCACCAAUGGCUCCUGUCAAUGUUGGCUACAGUGCAACUGUCUAUACUUUGAAAAAGGUUCUAAUAAAUGACCUCCAAAAGUGCCCGGAACGAGGGGAUCUAAUUCAAUUCAUCGGGAAGGUAGAACAAUUCUGGAAGAGUGUGUAAAGAAAAUACAGGAAACUGAUAUGGACUUAGUAUAUGGCCAUAAGCUAUCUGACCAC